AUGACUACUGGUGGCAUCGAUGAUGAGUCACCGGGCGAAGACCCAAUUCCAAUGAGCGUAUACCCCUGUCCCUCCCUCGGCAACCAAACACCCUCAACGGAUAACCUCCUUGUGGCCGGAGCUCGUGCCGUCCAAUGGGUGAUCCUCGUUGCCCUCGGAUGGCAUCGAGAAAGGCUGAUGUUUUGUCUUGAUGGCAGGCAGAAUCAAAAGAAGGUCAGUCAAGACGACACCCCUUCGACUGAUCGAGCCCGAUCUCAGGUCCCCAGCGCAAGUGGGGUGGUUGACUCUCGGCUAUUGGAGGCCCGCGAGAGCUCGCAUCUUUGUUUCGUUUUGCCUAGAGAGGUCUCUCUUCAGCAGGCCGAGCGUGCCUUGCAGAAGGCCCUGGUAUACGCCCCGUCCGGUAGUGUUCUCCAGUGCACGAUGUCCCCAUCCGUUAAAAAAGAUCUACUCAGUAUCAGCUUGGCCGUCAGUAUCAUCGGUUAA